AAUUCUGCAAGUGGUUCUGAUUUACGAUUGCUGUUCUCUAGCCGGUCUAAAACCACUUUUGACCUAAAGGGGCGCUUUUUGGACGCCAUGGACAUUUCUCAGUUUCCAGGCAGAAAGAACAGUAAAAAUGCAGGCAGGGCACAGGACAAAGCACUAGGGACAAAAUGUAUGUGAAAUGGUUUGAUACAUGAAUUUAGUGAAUGUCACAUUUUGUCAUUUUAAAAUUUCCCGCCGUUCCGUCCCUGUAUGUCCUGACGCUCGCAGGGGACGGAACCUAGAUGUCAGAUGCCGGCAUCGGCCGGAGGACAUUGCCGGGGACACUGCAGGGGGGACAU